GUGCACGGUGGGCGGUGCAACGACCAAAACGACCACUUUCAGCCUUAGCGGUGAGAUGAUGGUGAUGACCGUUAUCGUAAAGAAAAAGGAACCGACAGUCGUGACGGACAAAGGCCGAGGAGAAAAUGCCACACACGGGUUGCCCGAUUGAGUGGGCGGAACUAGGCACCGGGGAAAAAGACCUUCACGGGGCAGUGAUGAACUCCAUUUUAGCACAGCUGCACUCAAAGUAUGCGGCAAAGACAUGGAAUGAGACUUUCCAGCUGGUUAGAAGAUGCAUGGACAAACCCCGAGAUAACGCCGAACCCCGCCAGCCGCUUGUUCGAUCUCUGGAAAGGCUCCGGGAGGUGUUUAACGUGUCCUCCAUGAAGGCUGUGAGAGCUCGUUUGGAGGCGCUGGCAAAACAGCAGGGGAUGGGCUUUCACGUUAGCGAGGCCACGUGCUACCUGACGGCUGAGCUGUUCUACCUGGAGGUGACGCUACUGCCGCGUGGCGGCGUGGAGGAGGUCAAGGUGGCGCCGCACGGAGGAGCCCCGGUUAGUAGCGAGUCCCUCCUGCAGCCUCUCUGCUCAAAACACUUUGCAGAGUUCUCCGCUAAACUCAAAGACCUCGUCAGCCAGUACGACUUCCCUGGAGACAAGGACGUGAAAUUCAAACUAUUCACAGCUCUACAACACCUCGGGAAAGACAUGCAAGUGAUGUCGCAAUUGCCCCGGGGGGCAAAUGACGGCAGCCGCCAGACGGACACACUUAACGACGGCUUGCUCGGCUGUUUAAUUGCCGGAAAAGCCGAUUGUCCAUUGACCAUCCAGUUCUACUCUGUCCCAACCGGUGAUGCGAAUAGAAGUGAUGGUGCGCAUUCAGGCGAAAAGCAGGCGGCCCAGGUGGCUGUGGUCUCCAGUCAUGUGACGCACAAACUUCAGAUGGCGUCAGUCGUCCAGCUGCCUCUCCUACUGGACCCCGAAGGUUUUCCCGUCUUCUCCCCGACGAGCGAAGUGCCGCACGAGAUGUUUCCCGCAUGCUUCGUGCUCCGCCUGCAGCCGGCCGUACCCGUGCUGACGACUUUUGUUGACAAGAUCAACCAGAUUACAGAGGUUGCAGUACCAGACGCCGAGUUGCAGUGGGCGCAAUUUCCCACUCUCCUGCUGCGAGCUUCAAAAGGUUUCCAAAAUCCAGAGGACGAGCACGAUCGCAUAUUCACCGUGCUUCUUCCCGGUGACGUCGCGCACGCUUACGUCUUUCCCGGAGCGUCGUGGGAAGCGCCCUGCCACGCGGGCACCCUGACGGACUGCGUCCGCUUCACCCGCCCCGCCCACGUGCCGCGCCUGGUGGAGGUGCUGCGGCAUCAGUGCGCCAUCAACGCGCUGCUGCGGAGCUGCACGUCCCGGGCGCCGGUUUCAGAUUGCGAGCAACACUUUGAGGUCCGUCCAGAGGCUGACAACGGCUUUUCUGUGACGUUCCACUGGCCAAACACUGACUCCCUCGCACUUUUGCUGGUGAGGAUUCCAGAUUCUCACCAGAUUACAUGCAGAUUAUACGGUGCUGGGAUUGGAGAUUCCUCACUGGAUGAGUUUGUCUCCGGCAUCAUGAACGGGUGCAUGUCCAUCCCGCUGACCCUGCAAACAUUGUACGGGAAAAUAAAAUCCGCGACUCCUCCCGACUCGGAAAAGGUCCCCUCGACGCCCCUGUGCGUGCCCACUGAAGACGCCUCGUCUGUGUCCCAGAGCGCAUCGGAGGAAAGCUCUGCCCGGCGGCUCCCCGACGUAACCGCGAGUCUCGCCGCCACGGGCGUCUUGCCGCGCUGGCUGACCACAAACGGCCAACGCUGACAGCUGCUCUACUUUUACUACUUAUAGAUUCCCAACACAUUUUGAACGAUCAAUAAAUAUUUCCACUUAA